UGUAUUUAAUUCUUCUAGGAUUUCUCAGAGGUAACUGGGGAGGACCUUGUGGAUUUCUGGGAUCUGUGGUGUGACAUUGUGGUUGGAGCUGAGGGCAGUGAUUGCUGAUGGGGAGGAUUGUGGAGCAGCUGAUAAUCACCAAUGAGAAGUCGUCCAAACAAAGCAGUAAACAUGUCACCAAAUGCAACUCCAACUGCACAGAAGACGCGUCGUGUGUCCACACUGAAGGUGUUCCUUUUCGCUCUUUCGUUCGCUUACAUCACUAAGUCUCUAGCUCUUGUCUACUCUCGGAGUAUGAUCACACAGAUUGAAAGAAGGUUUAACAUUCCCUCUUCUCUGGUUGGAGUCAUCGAUGGAAGCUUUGAUAUUGGUAACUUAUUGGUCAUUACCGUCGUCAGUUACUUUGGGGCGAAGCUGCAUCGUCCUAAAUUGAUAUCUAUCGGAUGUCUGAUCAUGUUCCUGGGAAGCUGCCUGACCGCAACGCCGCAUUUCAUAAUGAGACGGUAUCAGUAUGAGGGACUGGACUCGUACUCAUCAGAUAACUCUACAUCUCAUGUACACCUGUGCCUGGCGAAUCAAAGUCAAGCAGCUGCCCCUGACAUUCCUGAAGUGUGCCAAGCAGGAUCCUCCGAGUCUCUGAUGUGGAUUUUCGUUCUCAUUGGAAAUAUCCUGCAAGGGAUGGGAGAAACUCCUAUCGAACCUCUCGGACUGUCGUAUGUGGAUGACUUCGCCAAAGAAGAGAAUUCUCCAUUUUAUAUUGGCAUCGUACAGACCCUGUCCAUUGUGGGACCGCUCCUCGGCUCUCUCAUGGCUUCCUUCUGUGCACAGCUCUUUGUGGACAUCGGUUUCAUAAAUCUUGAUGAGGUUUUCAUAAGUCCAACAGACACCCGCUGGGUGGGGGCCUGGUGGUUGGGAUUCCUGGUCAGUGGGGUCUUGAAUCUCCUUGCUGCUGUCCCUUUCUGCUUCAUCCCAAAAACUUUGCCCAAGGAGGGACAGAAGGAUCAGUCUGAACUGAGGGAGACGCUUCAGCCCCAAAUUACGGAUGAAAGAACAGAGGGUGACAAGGCAAAAGAAAUCACAGCGCAAGGAUUCCUCAUAUUCCUUAAGAAUCUUCUGAAGAAUAAGGUCUACAUGCUGUUUUUGCUGGUGACGGUCAUUCAGUUCAGUGGAUUUGUGGGGUUCAUGUCGUUCAUGCCCAAAUACCUGGAGCAGCAGUAUGGAAAAUCUGCAUCGGAAGCCAUCUUUCUCAUAGGAGUGUACAGUAUCCCCGUCAUUGGAGUUGGCUACUUCUUGGGGGGAUUUGGCAUGAAAAAAUUCAAAACGUCAACAUUCAUGGCGGCAAAGCUGGGUCUUGGCACAUCGAUCACAGAAUAUCUGCUGUACCUGCUGGCAUUUAUCCUAUUGUGCAAGAACGCGUCGAUGGCCGGGCUGACUGUGACCUACGAUGGGGUUGAGAAAGUUUCUUACCUGGAGAACCUAACAUCUGGGUGUAACGUGAACUGCGGUUGCACCAGUGAUGUGUGGGACCCCGUGUGUGGGGAUAAUGGGGUGGGCUACCUGUCCGCCUGCCUGGCUGGAUGCUCAUCAUCUACAGGGAGUGGGCAGGAUGUGCUUUUCCACAACUGCAGCUGCAUCCAGUCCGUCAAUGGCUCCGCCACACUGGGACAGUGUCCACGGGAGGAGGCGUGCGACACCAUGCUGCUCUAUUUCAUGAUCCUUAAUCUUGUCUGCUGCUUCAUCUACUCCCUGGGGGCCAUGCCUGGAUACAUGGUGCUCAUCAGGAGUCUGACCCCAGAAGAAAAGUCUUUUGGUCUCGGUCUCCAUCUCCUGGCAGCUCGAGCGCUUGGAGGAAUUCCCUCCCCCAUUUAUUAUGGAGCAGCAAUUGACACAACCUGUAUAAAGUGGGGGACCACUAGCUGUAAGGAGCCGGGGGCCUGCCGCAUGUACGACACCGAUGCCUACAGAAACCUCUUUAUAGGGAUCCCUACAGUAUUGCGCUUUGUGUCGUACAUCCCCUGCAUUUUCAUCCUCCUCGCCCUCAGACGCACGUCCACCCGGACACAGGAUGGGAAAUAGAGACUCCUGAUACAUUGUACAUAGACAAGGACAGAUGCGCAGACCAUCCCUGCGUCCUCAUCAAAGGUCACAUGGUUGCUUCAUACAUUUCUACAGGAGAAUGAAUUUGCUGGAGCCUGGAAUGUCACAGAAGAUGUGGAAGAUAGAGGACUCUACUAGUAUGUUAUGAUGCUGGAUAGGGGACCACAGUCCCAAUAUUGGGGGGAUGAAAAGAAGUUGGACAGAUGUGUGGGGUAACAGCAGGACGUAACACACAAUGACAGGACACCUCCACCACAACUGUCACAGUUACAUCAACCUUCAGACUUGUCUACAAAUAAAUUGUCAAUUGGUGGCGUCAUCAACAUCGUUA